CUUCAUGUCGCCUUUCUCUUCACGAUGAGUCAACUACGGUGGCUAUCCGUCCUUAUCUCAUGCAGAUCUCUUGUUUGUGGGGGCCAGACACCGUUUUCGAACGGUUCCCAUCCCUCCCCACCGAUAUGGCACCAGCGAGAUGCCGUCAGGAGGAGAACGAGGAGCCUCCAAUUCAUGGACCCGAUGAGCGAGGUGGAGUACAGACGAAACUGGAAGCCCUGCGCCAAGUGCCUCAUCAAGACGCCCGAGGAGAUGCCGGGCAUGGAGAAACUCUACUGGAACCUGAAGGAGCUCUUCGUGACGCACUCUGCUCUGAUCUCUCCUGUCUAUUACGCCUUCCCAAAGGACACUGACGAAGUGGCUGAAGUGGUCAAGGUGAGGAGAGCGGGGAUGAGCCGCCCAUCCACGGCAGGGACGGUCCCUUUGCUUUGUGCGUUUCCUGCUGCUUUCAGAAAGUCCACCAGGCGCGUGGGGUGGUUCGUGUGCGGUCUGGUGGCCUCUCCUACGGGCCCUACUCAGCCUGCAGGAGAGGGGACAUCCACUACCUCUUUCCCUUCACCCCGUGUGUCGUUAUGGACCUCACACGCAUCAACCACACACAAUUCAGGCCGCCAGACCGAGGCCUUCAUGAGAUUACCAUUGGCGGCGGGGCGCUGAUGGAGCAGCUACUGCAGCCAUUCAUCUCCCGCAAGAUCGCCAUCCCAUUCGGCGGAAGUGGAAAGGUGGGCGUUGCCGCCUAUAUCAUGGGCGGUGGCCUGGGGUUCAUGAGCAGGGAGCUGGGGCUGCUGAGCGACCUGGUGUUCAGGAUGACUGUGGUGUUGGCCGACGGUAGUGUGAUGGAGGGGGUCAGCAAGGAGGAAGAGUCCGAUCUCUUCUGGGCAUUACGUGGGGGAGGCGGGGGCAACCUCGCCGUGGUCACGGAGAUCACUCUCCACCUGCCUGCAAACUUUGCCGUGUGAGCGAGCCGAGCGAGAGACGCAUAGAUGCGCGACGAUCUGUUGUUUUGGUCAGGUCGGCUUGUGAGGCGGGCUCACGUGUGUAUGAGAUGAAGUAUGCCGAGCAGGCCUACCAAUUCUGGUUCGACAAGGCCAUCGACACGGCAGACACCGAGAAAUGGAACCUACAGUUUGUGCUCACCCCCGAAGAAGGUACGCAGACGCACACACCCACGUCAUGCUGUCGUCGUCUCCUGCAUGUCACGUGUCGCACUUCAUCACACUCAGCUCGCAUUAACUACGUGCUCGAUCGAGACGCAGACAUCGCCUUCAACGACACGGAAAUCCCCCUCAAGAGCCAGAAACACACUCGGAACCUCUCCGAGUUCUACACCAACGUCUUGUGGCCUGAGGAGCAGAGCCCCCGCAACGAGAGCGUCUUCUCUUAUUUCCUGAAGUAUCCGCUGCAAUGGUCGGCCUUGCAGGGGCUGAGGAUGGGCUUUGCCUUCGCGAGAGAGAGGGGGGCACAGGUGAUGAAUCUGAAGCAGACCAAGCUGAUCUGUGAGCCGCUGGGAGGUGAGAAAUGGAUAGAUGGGUGAUCUAUUGGGAAAUUGUUGCAUCUCUGCUGUCUCGUGUGUGUGCUGUGUCACGGUCCAGGGAAGAUCGAUCGGUAUUCUCAGGGGGAAUCGGCAUUCGCAUGGCGCCAAGCACAGGCAUUCUGCUAUCUCAGGUGGGCCUUCGUUCGUCACACAUACAUGCAUACACACACAUAACUCAUUAAUACGCGGCGUGUUGUGUCUCAUCAAUGACCAGGGUGUCGUGGGUUGACGUGUCCCGUCGGCGCGACUUCGAGAACCAUUUUAUCGCAUACUUCCAGCACCCGCCAUUCAGCCAAUAUGUGCUUGGCGGCUACAUCAACUUCCUGCAUCCUUCUCUGGGCAAGUACGAGGACCGAUAUUAUGGCCAUAACAAAGAGAAACUGAGAGUGAGUCAACAUUUCAACACGGGAGAAGGGGAUUGUGCGUAUUGUGUGUGUCGUGUGUGGCUGGCGGGGACAGGAGGUUAAGGAGACGUAUGACCCCGAUUCGUUCUUCAACUUCCCUCUGGCCAUCAGGAAGGCCGACGUGCCUCACUCCCGCCACCAUAGACAUGUCCACCGUCACCCUAAUAUCAUGGACAACGGCGCGACCUACCGGCACAUGACCACAGCAGGCGCCGUUUUCACCCUCGUGUCGGUCAUGAUUCUCUUCGGCAGCCUGGCCCUCUGUCUAUACUGCGUCAAAAAAGAGGCCGAGUAAGCCGCAGUUGGGGAGCUUUCUUUUCUUUCAUGUGUCUACAUCAUGAUGUGUGUGUGUGUGUGUGUAAAGUCCCUCUUUCUCGGUCGCACAGAGCACCCAGCAAGCCGGCCAGCGUUUCAUGCAGAUGGUGGCCACACAGAACCGUGUCUCGCCCACGAGGUGGGGCAGGCCAGCUGAGGGCGGGAGGAAGGCGGGCAAGUCGUCGACCGAUGGCCUAGUGUCGUACCAGCCGCUAGUGGGAGAGGGAGAGGUGCGAAGGGAGGGCGAGGGAGGCGUUGAGUUGGGGAAGGUGAGGAAAGGAGGCAUGGGAGAGAGAUGAGAUGGGAGAUGAGAGAGAGACGUGUGUCUGGAUUACAUGCUAUUGGUGUGUCAUCUUUGCCAAUGGUCAAGCGUGUGUGUGACGGACAUACCAAUAUCUCUUCACCAUGUCUCGAC